AUGGCUGUUCCAACAAAAUAUUUACUGAAAGUGAUUCCAAACCCAGUUGAGUCUACCUAUGAAGCGGAAAUUGAGAUUCAUGUCAAAUUCGAGGAGCCAAUUCAAGAAAUCACAUUGCGACCUCCAGGAUCUGCAAACAUCGAAGAUGUUUCUUUCUUUUUUGCUCAACAUAUUUAUAGAGGAAAUCCAAACUGUAAGUUCAAAUUUCUUAUUUUCUCACAAUCAGAAAAUGAUUUUUAGACAUUGGAAAAACCGUAGAAUUCGCUAGAACUGAUAAUCUUUUCAUCAUCAAUUUGGGAAACGAAAUCAGCCCUGAAUCAGCGCAAGAAGGAGCAUACAUAUUUGUGAAAUUUUCUGGAAACAUCGAAGAUGGCUCACCAAUUUUCUUUAGCAGUCAAGGUGUGACUGAACUCAAUCAAAAAGUAUGAUUUCAAAAAUAUUUUGUUUGAAUUAAUUUUGAACGUUUUAGGAUCAACUAUUCUUCCCAGUUUUUAUUGAUAAUCCAGAAACUGAUGUUCAAUUGACUGUUGUCACUGAUUAUCGCGCUGGAGUUGAACCAUCUGAGGGAUUAAUUGCUGGAGAUCACUAUGACUAUCCAGAAAUAAAAUUCGCAAAUGUUUUCAAAUCUGAGAAUCCUAUCCAAGUUUCGGAAAUAUCAUUCAAAAUCAGCGCGCCAACUCCACUCAUUUUGCAUUAA